GCAGAGAGCAGCAGCCUGUGCUGGACAAGCCCAGCCCUGGUUGAGCACGCUCUCACACGAGCUCUCCAGCAAACCAUUGCUCUUCYAGUUCCUGUCCAAUUCCCAAACCCAUCUUUUCCCUGUAAGGCCAUCUUCACAAGCUAUCCCAGUGGAUUAUAUAUGUGUUCCAAAACUUAGAUGAUGUCCAGGAAAAAUUAAUGGGAAAACCCAACUUUUAGGUCAGCAUGCGCAAUAGCAAAUGGAAAAUGCAGUGUCUGAGCUGACAGCUCCCCGUGCCCUUAGGGAUAGCAAUGCGAUAGUCAGACUUCAUUCUCUAAACAGACUGCAGCAAGCCAACCAGGACUCAAAGCAGCUGGAACCAACGAUGAGGGGCCCAGCAGGCUUCCUGCUGUGCUCGUUSCUGUUGAUGGCCCCCACCUCCACAGGAGUGGCUGCCCAGGAAACCCCGCCUGACCCCAAAAUGCCAUGUGCCAACUGGAUGGGAGGAGCACCCGGCCACCCUGGCCACAACGGGGCCCCUGGCCGGGAUGGGAAAGAUGGAAGAGAUGGACUAAAGGGAGAUAAAGGAGAUGAAGGUCCAGCAGGUCCCAAAGGCGAACCAGGCCCAGUAGGRAACCGAGGAUUCCCCGGACCUCCYGGAUCUCCCGGAAUUCCUGGAAUCCCAGGGCAGAAGGGCAAAGAUGCUUUUGUCCACCGCUCUGCCUUCAGCGUAGGGYUGACUGAGCGAAGCCCAGCCCCCAACGUUCCCAUCCGCUUCAGCAAGAUCUUCUACAACGAGCAGGGCCACUAYGACCCCAGCACRGGCAAGUUCAUCUGCAAUGUCCCCGGCACCUAYUACUUCGCCUACCACCUCACGGUCUACCUGUCGGAUGUCAAGGUCAGCCUCUACAGGAAGGACAAGGCUGUGAUCUUCACCUAUGACCAGUUCCAGAGCAAUAACGUUGACCAAGCGAGCGGCUCUGUCCUGCUGCACCUCAGCUCGGGGGAUGAGGUCUGGCUUCAGGUGUAUGGGGAGGGAGACAAAAAUGGUGUCUAUGCUGACAACCUCAAYGAUUCCACUUUCAUGGGCUUCCUCCUGUACCCUGACCCAGAUAACUACUAAAGGASAGGGUGCUGCAUGGAAGAGGAUGAGGUGGCUUAACCCUGGACAUGUCCUGGGCACUGGCGCUAUAGCUAUAAUGUAUUUACCAGAAAAUUGCCUUWUGCAAGGGCAACGAYUGCCAAGGGGGGACCCUUUCUCCURWGAAAUCAGUGAGAUUGUACCAGUACUUCCAUGGAACCAAGAGUUCACUCCUACCUCUACUCUUGCUUUCCUGUGGAAACCUCAGCCCAAAGUCAAAUACCACUCCUGCCAUAUCAUGAAAAAGUAAGGUGGCUUAACCUUCUUUUAAAUUUAAAAGUGAGAACAGAAAAAUUGUUUCUAUUUAAAUAUGACAUUCUAAAUGUCCCCUUUUUAGCCACCUACAUCCAUUUAAACAAACUGUAGAAACUUUAGCCAGCAUUUUAAAGUUUGAGUAGAAGAGGAAAAAGACUAUUCACAAAAGCAGAGUGCUCUAGAAAAGUGGCUCAAUUUUUUCAUUGAAACUCCCUCUUAUYAGGACCUUUGACUUCCACUCCUGGUUUGUUGUGUCCCUUUUUUAGCCCAGAUCUUUGAAUAUAUUCAGGUUAUUAACUUCCACUGAUGUUAAUCCUUUGUUUUUUCCUUUUAUAUUUAUCCCCUAUUGUUAUCUCUAAUGCAGACAGCAGGCUGGUUUAGGGCGGGAUCUUUUCCUGUGAUUUAUCUGAGAAGCCUUAUGAGCAUUGGUGAGGCCACACAAUGAAAGCRGCCCAUUGACUGCAUGGUUUUGGGGGUCUCGAGGUGAUCAUGGAGAUCCAGCUCCAUCUCCCCUCUGAGCAGCUCCCAAGUGCACUCAGAAGCUGAGGUCUAUCAGCUGUGUUUCUACUUUUCCAGGCCCUAAGUGUGCCAUAAGCCAUGGUUUGCCCACCAGCUGGGCAGAGCUCCAGGUGGUGCUGAAGCCUCCCUCCCCUGUGGAGUGGGCUCCCAGGAUGAGUACCCCCAGGCCCUGCCCCAGCUCUGGGCAAGGUUACCUGAACAGAAGAGUGGAAAGGCUGGAAUUAGUGUCAAUCCCAUCAAACUGURCUCCAAGGAGCUUGUUUGACUUUYAGCUAGAAGA